UGCCUUUCGACACGAAUUUAAAACCCGUCGUUAUUUAAGAUAAAAAAUUCGUGACGUUACGAGUCCGUUCUUCAUUUACAAGACUUUCAGUCCUAGUUUUACUUGCAGUCGAAUAUUCGAUUUCGAAAUGAUUUCCCUCCGACUGUGUGUUAUGUUGCUGAUGUUCGGCGUAGUAUUUGCGCCCGGGCCAACCCACGCACCACACGCCACCCACAAUCCCCACGUCCAGCCGACCAUUGGGAGUGGAGAGGUAGACGCCGCCAUAGUAAAUGUUAACAGCCACUACGACGACCGCCUGUGUCUUGAGCUCCUAUUGGUCGAUUGUGCCACCCACGUGACUAAGGGCGAUGAGCAAGUGUGCGGCUCCAAUGGGGUAACCUAUGACAACCACUGCCGUUUUACCCACGCUGUGUGCGAGACCCUACAUUUCAAGGAUCACAAAAUAACCUUCCAAAGCCACGGCGCAUGCCCAGCCACCACGGCGCCUCUCAGCACAGCUUCUGGUUCCGUAACCAAUGCGACGACCACUUCCGGUCCAGCAACGACCACCAUCAAGGCUCCCGCCACAACGGACCCAAUGGGUUCCAUUGUACAAAAUGUAUUUUGUAGCAAUCUCGCCGUCAUUUCAUGCACGGGUGGUUUCGACGUCAUCUGUGGGUCAGACGGACAAUAUUAUCCAAAUCAAUGCGAAAUUUCGAAAGCAAAGUGUCAAGACGCCACACUGACGAUCGCUACUGACACAACCAAGUGCCAGGCAAACGUGGGUGGAAGAAAGUAGACAUUGUGAUAUGUCGAAUAAAGCUCUUUGAUGCACA